UCAAACUAUUGCACGAAGAUAUUUUUUCACUGCGCAUUAUUGUUUUGAAUAUGGAGAACUAGACGGUUUUGGGGUUGACCUUCACGAGCAGCAGUUAUGUCGGACGAAGAAAGCGAGCCUUCGUUUCUUGAUGACGUCAGAGUGAAGUUUAUCGAGAGGAAAGUUUGUGCUUUUCUUUCACUGCAAACACAAACAUGGGAGAAAAGUGCUGCCAACGAAGACUUCCAGGCAGAACUGAAGGACUUUCUGGAGAAAAAUAAAGUCAUAUUUUUCGUCCUCGUCAAGAAAGUUCUGGUUGCUAGCAUGCAGGCUGCAGUUCCACCACACAAGCAGCUCUUUGCUCAGAAGAGGCGACAUGUCCCCGUCACCCCAGAAAAUUGCAAAGAGCUUCUGAUCUUUGGUGCGAUGUCUGCGUCACCACUAAUUCAGCUGACGUCUACGCUUGAAAAUGUGUGUGCACCAUUACUGUCCACUGACAUUAACCAUCACAUGUGGCCAACCUCCAUGUGUGAGGACAUCAUUCGUAACACUGAGAGCUUGUGUAAUAAAACAUCAGUUGUCCGAGGACGGAUUUUGGGAAGGUUUUUCCUUCCUCUGCCAACUGUGACCGAUUUGAUGAGCUAUAUGUCCACCUACGACUUGACGUUUAAGAACUACGACCGGACUCUGGCCCAUACGAUUGAGACCUAUGUGAUAAGCUGGUCUAAUCUCAUUCAAAACAUUUUGCGGGAGGAUUCCUCCGACAUAAUCUCCACCGGCUCCAACCCAGGUCCAGACGCAGAGCUGAAGUACUGGGCGUCCAGGAAGAGCAACAUUGAGAACAUUCACCAACAGCUGCAGAGUCCCAUCGUGCAGAAGAUGGGAACAAUGCUGGUGUCCAUGCAAAGCAGCUACCAAAUCGCAAUUAGAGUGCUGGUGGAGAAUGUCUUUGAUGCUCUGAAGGAGGCAGAGGAAGUGGACCUCCAUCUGCAGCCUCUGCGUUCCCAGCUGACUCAGAUUGAAAAGGAAGGCCUUUCCUGCAUUGAAAAAUCAAUCCCUGCUCUGUUUCACACCGUGUUUCUGAUCUGGACCAACUGCAAACCGUAUCAAAGACCAGCACGUGUCAUUGUGUUGCUUCAAGAACUCUGCAAUCUGCUCAUCGAGCAAGCUUCUUCAUACCUUCCUGGGGACUUGCUGGACAGAGAGGACAGAGAUGAAAGUCUAGAAAUGGUUCAGAGGGUGAUGGAGGUUUUCAAAAGCUUUCGACAGAAUUACCAGAAUCAGAGGGAGCGACUGCUCAGCAAUGCUAAACAUCCUCCCUGGGAUUUUCCGUCUGCUAUGAUUUUUAAACGUUUCGACCAGUUCUUUGCUCGCAUGCUGCAGCUGGAGCAUUUGUUUAAGAUAAUGGUCGACUAUCAGAGGAUGGAAAAGCUGGAGUUCGGAGGAGUAAAGGGCCGUUUUUACAGUGAGAAGGUGACUCUGAUGUAUGCAGAGUUCAACGAUCAUUGUCUAAUCUUCAAGCAAGGCGAAUGCAGCCCCCUUGAUUGUGAAUCUGAGGAAUUUGAAACAAAGUAUAAGGAGUUCAGGUUAAAGAUCACAGAUUUUGAGGUCUGCCUCGCCAGUGUCCUGAGCAUGGCUUUCAAGGAUUGCUCUGGAUUGGAAUCGGCAUAUAAGCUUUUGACUGUUGUCAGCACCUUCCUCAAAAGAGAGAAGAUCCGAGAGAUCUUCAGUCCCAACUUCCUACUGUUGGAGCAAAUGCUAGUUGACGAGAUGGAAAAAUGCAAACUCUUAUUCAAAACUCAUCUUAAAAAGAUGGAGUUGAAUCGAACAAUGAACGUGGGUCCGACAUCCAGGGCUUUGAAAUGGGCAAAAAUGCUGCGCGAGCGGAUCCAAACUCCGUGGGAAAACAUCCGGUUUCUGUUUGAGAGGACGGGAUUAGCAGGAGGUCUGGAGAUGACCCGAGUCAAUCAGAUGUACACUGAGAUGUUGAGCCUCCUGGACAAAUAUGAAGAAGACGUUUACAUCGAAUGGUGUAAUGGCUUGGAAGAAUCCUGCGAAGUCAACCUGAAACAACCUCUUAUCUCAAGGCAGGGUUUACAGGGACUGAUCUCAGUCAACUUCAGUCCAGAGCUGACUGAAGUGUUGAAAGAUGUGAAGUACAUUCAAACACUUAGUAACAGGAGCAUUCCUGCUGCUGUGAUGGCUGUUUUUGAAAGACGGAGGCUGUUUGCGAAGCAUGUGAGCAGUCUGCAGCAGGUUGUGCUUUGGUACAACAAGUUGAAGCAGACGGUGCUGGAGGUGGAACUCCCCCUCAUCCGAGCUGAACUGGCUGCCGUUGACCUCCACCUUAAAAAAGCAGAGGAGGAACUCACGUGGCAGGACCAGGACUGCUCGGGCUUUAUCAGUGUCACUAAAGAAAUGGUCCAUGACCUUGCUCAUCGGGUGUCUGAAGCCAAGGGCAACUGUGAGACCAUGCAGUCGCUGAUGAAGGGAUGGAGCAAGAAGGCUAUGUUUUGCAGGAAGGACAGCAAAAGAGGCUCGCUGGUUCAGCUUGAGGACCGCAGCGAACAUGUCAGCAGAAUGUAUAACUCCAUAAAGUCGCAUGGAGAAACGAUCCACUGGCUCCUCCAGGAGAAUCUGGUGCUUUACAGCGCCGACGCCACCUCGAAUGCAUGGCUCUCCUAUCUGGAAUAUGUGGAUGAGAUGGUGUUGGAAGGACUCUUCAGUUACAUCAGGCGUUCUCUCCAGUUCUUCAUGGACAACAUGGAGUCGCGGCCUGGCCGGGCCCCAUUAUUUGAGGCUCAGUUAAUGCUGGGUGGAUCGGGGAUGUCGUUCAGUCCUUCACUGGAAAGAGAUGCUGGAGACGGGCUGUACGAGCUGAUAGAAGGUCUCGUUGGAGACAUAUUUAAAAGUUCUAUUCAUAUUGAAAGAGUGGCUCCUCAUUACAGCACCGACAGCUACCAGGACAUGAUGGAGGAGAUGCUGGACCUGUUGAGCCUGAGGCAGGAAAUCAUGGAGCGUGUGGAGAAAGUGCUCAACAAAGCCUCGCAGUAUCAGGAUGUGUUUGAGUGCUAUGCUCACCUGUGGCAAGAUGAUCAGGCCAAGUUCCUCAGACAGUUCCUUGUGUAUGGACACACACUCUCAGAAGAGGCGGUGGACCUUCAUGCCGGCACUACCAUACCUGGUCGUCCCCCAUCCGUGGAGGAUUUCAAAGAACAGAUCGAUUACUACGAGGAUCUUUACUGCAAAACGUGUAAACUUGAGGAUUAUACUGUCUUCGAUGGAUGGUUUCGUGUGGAUAUCAAACUCUUCAAGGUCAGCCUCCUGAACACCAUCAAAAAAUGGAGCUGGCUCUUCAAGGAACACCUCUUGAAAUACGUCACCAACAGUCUGGAGGAGCUGAGCAACUUUGUGUACACCACCACUGAGGGACUGACCAAGCCUGUAGCCAAAGGAGACCAUCAUGGUUUGGUGGAAAUGAUGACUCAUCUGAUGGCUAUAAGAGACAGGAGAUCUGCGACUGACAAAAUGUUUGAGCCUUUGAAGGCAACAAUACUGCUGCUGCAAGGUUACAAAGUGAACAUACCUGAGCAGGUGCAUGCUCAUCUGGAGGAACUUCCUGAUAAAUGGAGUGGUCUGAAGAAGCUGGCUUUGAGAGUGAGGAAUGAGCUGGCUCCAAUGCAGAAUGAAGAAGUGAUGGUCCUACGGCGGCGGUGCAUGGCUUUUGAGGUGAAGCAGAACCAGUUCAGAGAGGCCUUCCAGAAAGCCGCCCCAUUCAGCUUCAAAGCUGAGCAACCCUACCUCGGCCUGGACAGUUCUGAAAGUGCUAUCCAAGAUAUCGAGAAGGAGUUAACAGAGCUACAGGAGGCUACCCAUCUGUUUGAGGUCACAAUCCCAGAGUACAGAGAUCUCAAGUCCUGCAAGCGUGAGAUCAUCGUCCUCAAAGAACUGUGGGACAUGAUUUUGUUUUUGAAGACCAGUGUGGAAAACUGGGCGAAGAUCAAAUGGAGGCAGAUAAAUGUGGAGCAGAUGGAUGCAGAAUUGAGGAGGUUUGCCAAGGACAUACGGAAGCUUGACAAAGAGGCUCGCUCCUGGGACGUGUACUCUGGGUUAGACCUUUAUGUAAAGAACCUGUUGACAUCAUUGCGCGCAGUGAGUCAGCUGCAGAGUUCAGCCAUACGAGAGCGCCAUUGGGUGCAGCUUCUGAGAGCUACCAAGAUGGACUUCACGGUGACUGACAGCACCACCCUGGAGGACCUUCUGGUGCUGCAGCUCCAUCUGUAUGAAGAGGAAGUUCGCAAUAUUGUUGACAAAGCAGUCAAAGAGAUGGCCAUAGAAAAGAUUGUGACUGAAAUCAGUCAAACGUGGGCUACCGUGGAGCUUUUAUAUGAAGAUCAUUACCAAACGGCCGUGCCACUUUUCAAGUGUGACGAGGCCAUCAUAGAAGUUCUGGAAGAUCACCAGGUCCAGCUUCAAGGCGUCUUCCAGAGCAAGCAUGUGGACCACUUCCUCCUCCAAGUGGUGGAACUCCAAAAUCAGUUGACCGUAGCUGACUCAGUGCUGAUGGUGUGGAUUGAGGUCCAGAGGACGUGGGCUCAUCUGGAAGGCAUAUUCAAAGGCUGUGACGACAUUUGCCAGCAGCUACCUGAAGAUGCUAACAGAUUCCGAGCUAUAGACUCAGAGUUCCAGGACUUGAUGUUCGCAAGUGCCAAAAUUAAAAACUUUAUUGAGGCCACAAACAGGCAGGGGCUGUUUAAAAAGCUGGAAGAUCUGCAAAAAAGGUUAUCGCUGUGUGAAAAAGCUCUAGCUGAUUAUCUGGAGACAAAGAGAAUCGCCUUCCCGAGAUUCUAUUUCAUUUCAUCCGCUGAUUUGUUAGACAUUCUCUCCAAAGGAAGCCGACCCAGAGAUGUUACUUGUCAUCUCUCAAAGCUGUUUGACAACAUGUCAGAUUUGGAGUUUGAGCACAUGGAGCAUUCUAAACUUGCUGUGGGCAUGUACAGUAAAGAACGGGAGCAUGUCCCGUUCCAGACAGGAUGUCACUGCAAUGGCCUGGUGGAAGUGUGGUUGACUCGCCUUGAGGAAACCAUGAGGAAGUGUGUCAGGGAUCAUCUUUGUGAGGCUGUAGCUGUGUACGAAGAAAAACCCAGAGAGCAGUGGAUUUUAGAUUUCCCUGCGCAGGUGGCUCUGACGGCCUCGCAGAUCUGGUGGAGCAACGACAUGGAGCUUGUCUUUCAAAGACUGGAGGAGGGAUUUGAGUCAUCUCUGAAGGAGUACAACAAGAAACAGGUUUCGCAACUCAACUCAUUGAUUACCAUGUUGUUGGGAGAAUUGAACCCAGGUGACAGACAAAAGAUCAUGACUAUAUGUACGAUUGAUGUCCACGCCAGGGAUGUUGUUGCUGGCCUCAUCGCUCAAAAGGUCACAAGCUCUCAGUCCUUUCAGUGGCUUUCCCAGCUCCGACAUACAUGGAAUGAAGUGCAGCGCAAUUGUAUGGUUAAGAUUUGCGACGCACUGUUCCCUUACCUUUAUGAGUAUCUGGGAAACACGCCACGGCUCGUCAUCACACCUCUCACAGACAGGUGCUACAUUACACUGACCCAGUCACUUCAUCUGACCAUGAGUGGGGCCCCCGCUGGUCCUGCUGGUACUGGGAAGACUGAGACCACUAAAGAUCUGGGUCGAGCAAUGGGGGUCAUGGUUUACAUCUUCAACUGCUCAGAGCAAAUGGACUACAAGUCCAUAGGUAACAUCUACAAAGGACUGGUCCAGACGGGAGCAUGGGGCUGCUUCGAUGAGUUCAAUCGCAUUCCUGUGGACGUUCUGUCUGUUGUGGCGGUGCAGGUGAAAACCAUACAAGAUGCCAUCCGAUCGAAAAAGAAAAGGUUCAUGUUCCUGGAUACGGACAUUGUUCUGAAACCUUCUGUGGGGAUUUUCAUCACCAUGAAUCCUGGUUAUGCUGGCAGAACUGAGCUCCCUGAGAAUCUAAAAGCUCUGUUCAGACCCUGUGCAAUGGUGGUGCCAGACACUGAGCUGAUUUGUGAGAUAAUGUUGGUGGCAGAAGGGUUUUGUGGUGCUAGGCUUUUAGCCAGAAGGUUCAUCACACUGUACAAUCUUUGUAAGGAGCUACUUUCAAAACAGGACCAUUAUGAUUGGGGUUUACGUGCUGUCAAGUCAGUUCUGGUUGUAGCUGGAGAACUCAGAAGAAGAGAGAGGCAAAGGCCCGAAGAUCAGGUGCUGAUGCGAGCGCUGAGGGACUUCAACUUGCCUAAAAUUGUCACAGAAGAUGUGACCGUCUUCUUGGGUCUGCUUGGCGAUCUGUUUCCAGGCCUGGAGGUGGAGCGGGAGAGAGACUAUGAAUUUGAAAGUGCUGUCCGGAAGGCCGCUGUUUCUCUCCGACUCCAGCCAGAGGAAAUCUUUAUCCUCAAGGUGAUGCAGUUGGUGGAGCUCAUGAAUGUGCGGCAUUCUGUCUUUGUGAUUGGGAAUGCUGGCACUGGAAAAAGUCAGAUAUUGAGAGUCCUGCACAAGACCUAUGUGAGCCUCGGGAAGAAGCCUGUGUGGAAUGACCUUAAUCCUAAAGCUGUAGACAGAGAUGAAUUGUUCGGCUUCAUCCAUCCCGCGACUCGAGAGUGGAAAGAUGGUUUGUUUUCAUCACUGAUGCGGGAGCAGGCAAACAUCUCCCACCAAGGACCUAAGUGGAUUGUGUUGGAUGGAGACAUUGAUCCGAUGUGGAUUGAAUCACUCAACACAGUGAUGGAUGACAACAAGGUCUUGACUCUGGCCAGUAAUGAACGUGUGCCUCUCACCUCGUCCAUGAGACUCGUGUUUGAAAUCAGCCACCUGAGAUCUGCGACUCCCGCCACGGUGUCCAGAGCAGGAAUCCUGUAUGUCAGCCAUCAAGACCUGGGCUGGAACUUACAUGUUGCCAGCUGGAUCGACCAACGAGAACGCCAAACCGAGCGAACCCACCUCACCAUUCUGUUCGACAAAUAUGUCCCUCGCUGUGUGAAAGUGAUGAAAACAGAAUUUAAAACAAUCAUGCCGAUUACAGAAAACUCAAUGGUGCAGACACUCUGUACAUUGCUUGACUGCCUUCUCACACCAGAAAACGUUCCUACUGACUCGCCACGAGAGCUUUACGAGACCUACUUUACGUUUGCAUGCAUUUGGGCUUUUGGUGGAGCUUUGUAUAAUGACCAGCUCUGCGAUUACCGGGUGGAGUUCAGCCAGUGGUGGACUCGAGAGAUGAAGACUGUGAAGCUGCCAGCACAGGGGACAGUUUUCGACUACUACCUGGACCCUCAAACCAAGCGCUUUCUACCCUGGAGUGAGAACGUCCCUGCUUUUGAAAUGGAAGCAGGUCAACCAUUACAGGCUGUUCUAGUGCACACGGCAGAGACUGUGUGUCUGCAGUACUUCAUGGACUUGUUGCUGGAAAGGAGACGGCCACUGAUGCUCGUCGGCAAUGCUGGAGUGGGGAAGAGUGUUGUUGUGAAGAAUAAGUUUGACUCACUGCCAGAGAGUUACAUGACGACCAAAGUACCUUUCAACUACUACAUGACAUCCAUGAUGCUGCAGGAAAUUUUAGAGCGCCCGCUGGAACGGAGAGCAGGCAGGAACUAUGCUCCUGUCGGCAACAGAAGGCUGAUCUACUUCAUCGAUGAUAUGAACAUGCCUGCAGUGGAUGGUUAUGGAACAGUGCAGCCACACACUCUCAUUCGCCAACACCUGGACUAUGGGCACUGGUACGAUCGACAAAAUCUGGCACAGAAAGAAAUACACAACACACAGUAUGUUGUCUGCAUGAAUCCAACAGCUGGAAGCUUCAGUAUAAACCCAAGACUGCAGAGACAUUUCUCAGUGUUUGCAGUCAACUUCCCAUCAACGGAGGCUCAGAUGUCCAUUUUUGGUCAGAUCCUGAGCAGCCAUCUUUUGCAUCUGCCAUUCGCCGCCUCUCUCCAGAGUAGCGGCGCAGCCGUCGUCCGAGCUGCAAUCACGCUUCACCGCAAGAUGCUUCAGCACUUCCUUCCCACGGCCGUCAAAUUUCACUACAUAUUCAACCUCAGAGACAUGUCGAACGUCUUCCAGGGUCUUCUAUUUGCAAGGCCGGACUGUAGAAAAGAUGACAGUGACCUGGCACUGUUGUGGCUCCACGAAUCCCGCAGAGUCUACUCCGACAGGCUGGUGGAUGUUAAAGACCAUCAACAGUUCCAGAAGCUCCAGAUGGCGACUGUGCAUGAGUGCUUCGAGGGAGUGGAUAUAGCAAGGAUGAGAAAAGAGCCCCUGAUCUAUUGUCACUUUGCCCAAACGGCUGAGGAGCCGUCCUACACUGCUGUGACCGACUGGGCUGUGCUCAGGAACGUCCUUACUGAAGCUCUAGAGAGUUACAAUGACCUCAAUGCAGCUAUGAACCUUGUGCUGUUUGAAGACGCGAUGCAGCAUGUAUGUCGCAUCAGUCGCAUCCUGGAGUCCCCCCGGAGUCACGGCUUGCUGGUUGGAGUUGGGGGCAGCGGGAAGCAGAGCCUGACUCGUCUGGCUGCUUACAUUUCCUCUGUGGAAGUCUUCCAGAUUACUUUAAAUAAAGGCUACAGCAUUCAAGAUCUGAAGAUGGAUCUGGCAGGUUUAUUCCGAAAAACUGGGAAGAAAAACCAGCGAGUGGCUCUGCUCCUUACUGAGGCUCAGAUACCUGAUGAGCGAUUUCUGGUCCUCAUUAAUGACUUCCUGUCAUCAGGUGAAAUACCUGAACUUUUCAGUGAAGACGAAAUUGAAGAGAUAGUGUCGAGUGUGAAAACAGAAGUCCGAGCUCUGGGACUCCUCGAUACCAGAGAGAACUGCUGGAGGUUUUUUACAGACAGAGUUCAACUCCAGCUGACGGUGAUUCUGUGUUUUUCACCAGUGGGAAAUACCCUCCGCCUCAGGACCCUAAGAUUCCCCGCCCUUAGUCAGCGGGCCACUAUAGACUGGUACCAUCCUUGGACCUCAGAGGCUUUACAGUCAGUCAGUCACAGAUUCAUCCAGGAGAUUGAAGACAUUGAGCCUGCCGUCCAGGAAUCCAUCAGUCUUUUCAUGGCCUAUGUUCACACCAGUGUCAACCAGGCAGGUGAAAAAUACAGGCGGAAUGAGAGGAGGUACAAUUACACCACCCCCAAGAGCUUUCUUCAGCAAAUCACCCUAUAUAGGAACCUCCUGCACAAGAGCCGCUCUCAGCUUCAUAACAAGAUGAAGCGGCUGGACAGUGGCCUCCAAAAACUGCAAACCACCGCCACCCAGGUGGCUGAUUUAAAAGCUAAACUGGCGACACAAGAGGCCGAGCUUACGUUCAAAAACCAGAAUAUGGAAGCGCUCAUUGCAAAGAUUGGAGAACAGACUGAGCGGGUUAGCAUUAAAAAGGCUGCUGCAGAUGUUGAGGCACAGAAGGUAUCAGUGAUUCAGGCAGAAGUCUGUGUCAAACAGAAGGACUGUGAGCAGGACCUGGCCAAAGCAGAGCCGUCUCUAACCGCAGCCACCGCCGCCCUCAACACACUCAACAAGGUAAAUCUCACUGAGCUGAAGGCCUUCCCCAACCCUCCUGUGGCAGUGAUUGAUGUGCUCGCGGCAGUUAUGGUUUUGCUGGCCCCACGUGGUCGAGUUCCAAAGGACCGGAGUUGGAAGGCGGCGCGAGCCUUCAUGGGCAAGGUGGAUGACUUCCUACAAGCUCUGGUCUCUUAUGACAAGGAGCACAUUCCGGAGUCCUGCUUGACCGUUGUAAAGAAAGAAUACCUCAGAAAAGCAGAGUUCCAUCCCGAGCAAGUUCAGACCAAAUCCACGGCAGCUGCCGGCCUCUGUGCCUGGACUAUCAAUAUCGUCAAGUACUACGAGAUAUAUUGUGAGGUCAUUCCAAAGAGACAAGCGUUGGCACAGGCAAAUGAAGAACUGGAGGCUGCCACAAACAAACUGACAGCAGUUCAAAAGAAGCUGACAGAUUUGGAUGCCAACCUCCAGAAUCUGACGGGACAAUUUGAAAAGGCCACAGCCGAGAAAAUCUGUUGUCAGGGUGAUGUCACCAAAACUAACCAGACCAUAGAACUGGCCAAUCGACUCGUCAGUGGCCUGGAGUCGGAGAAGGAGCGUUGGUCACAGUCCCUUGUUCAGUUUGAGAAGCAACAAAACACCCUGUGCGGCGACAUCGUCCUCACGGCAGCGUUCGUCUCCUACAUGGGUUAUUUCACCAGGCAGUAUCGCGAGGAACUCCUCAGAAACAAAUGGAUUCCCUUCCUGAAAUCACAAAAGGUCUCCAUACCCAUGACAGAUGGCCUGGAUCCAAUCCUCAUGCUUACAGAUGAUGCCACUGUUGCUGCCUGGCACAACCAAGGCCUGCCAAAUGAUCGGAUGUCCAUGGAGAACGCUGCCAUCCUGACCACCAGCGAGCGUUGGCCACUCAUCAUUGACCCACAACAGCAGGGAGUCAAGUGGAUACGAAAUCAGAUCGGGCCAGAGCUUAGGGUGGUUCAACAAGGACAGAAAGGGUAUCUGGAUGUGAUUGAACAGGCAUUAGGCUGCGGUGAAACAGUGCUGUUAGAGAAUCUGCCGGAAAGAACAGACCCAGUCUUGGAACCGUUAUUGGCCAGAAACACGAUAAAAAGAGGAAGGUACAUUGUAAUUGGAGGAAAAGAGUGUGAAUACAACUCUAACUUCCGACUCAUUUUGCACACCAAAAUUGCCAAUCCUCAUUUCCCCCCGGAGCUCCAAGCUCAGACCACCCUCAUCAACUUUACUGUCACCCCGACCGGUCUGGAGGAGCAGCUUCUGGGGCAGGUGGUCUCCAGGGAAAGGCCUGAUCUUGAGGCACUUAAGAGGGAUCUGACAACGCAGCAGAACGUCUUCAAGAUCGAGCUGAAGAGGUUGGAGGACGACCUGUUGAGUCGUCUGUCAACAGCUGAGGGCAAUUUCCUGGGUGAUAUCUCUUUGGUGGAGCAGCUGGAAAUUGCUAAGACAACAGCAACCAGCAUUCAGGACAAGGUGGUGGAGGCCAGAGAGAACGAGACAAAGAUCAACGAGGCUCGAGAAAUUUACCGCCCAGCAGCUGAGAGAGCGUCACUCCUCUUCUUCAUCAUCAACGACCUCAGCAAAAUUAACCCCAUGUACCAGUUUUCUCUAAAGACCUUUAACACGGUGUUCAGCAAAGCAAUGGAAAGUGCAGAAUGGAAUGAGGAUCCGGCGACCAGAGUGCAACAUCUAACCGAAGCCAUCACCUACUCAGUAUUCGUGUACACCAGCCAGGGCUUGUUUGAGAGAGACAAGUUAACCUUCUUGUCACACACUGCCUUCCAGAUUCAGCUCAAGGAAGACCAGAUUGAUGCUACAGAGUUUGACUUCCUCUUGAUGUUUCCUGUGGGAGCCUGUAAAGUCAGUCCUGUGUCCUUCCUCUCUCCACACACAUGGGGCUCCAUAAAGAUGAUUUCCACACUGGAUGGUUUUGCUGCGCUGGAUAGAGACAUCGAAAGCUCUCCCAAGUGCUGGAGAAAGAUCGUUGAAUCUAGUUUUCCUGAGAGGGAGAGGCUUCCUCAGGACUGGAAGAAUAAAAGCGCACUACAGAAGUUGAUCCUGCUGAGAGCACUGCGGCCCGACAGGGUGACCUACGCCCUCAGGAACUUUGUGGAGGAGAGCAUGGGGUCCAAGUACACAGAAUCAACCAGCCUGGAAUUUGACAGGUUGUUUGAGGAUUGUGGGCCAUCCACCCCGGUGUUCUUCAUUCUCUCACCAGGAGUGAAUCCACUUAAGGACGUGGAAAAACUAGGAUUGAAGCUGGGAUUUUCACUGGACCAGGGGAACUUGCACAACGUCUCUUUGGGUCAGGGGCAGGAGCAGGUGGCUGAAAGAGUUCUGAAGAGUGCUUCCAAAACUGGACACUGGGUGAUUCUGCAGAACAUCCAUCUGGUGGCUCGCUGGCUCCCAGCUCUUGAAGGCCUACUGGAGACAUCAGCCGUGGACAGCCACCCAGACUGCAGGGUGUUCAUCACUGGAGAACCAGCACAGAGUCCAGAACAGCACAUCAUCCCACGAGGCAUCCUGGAGAAUGCUGUCAAAAUCACCAACGAGCCUCCUACUGGCAUGAAUGCGAGUCUGCAUGCCGCGCUGAACAACUUCACUCAAGAUACUCUGGAGAUGUGCUCAAGAGAGCAGGAGUUCAACUCCAUGUUCUUCUGCCUCUGUUUCUUUCACGCUUGUGUCACGGAGCGACGGAAGUUUGGACCUCAGGGGUGGAACCGUAACUACCCCUUCAGUGCGGGUGACCUCACCAUCUCAGCCAACGUCCUGUACAACUACUUGGAGGCCAACACCAAAUCUUUGCAGGUGCCGUGGGAGGAUGUGUGCUAUCUGUUCGGGGAGAUCAUGUACGGAGGUCACAUCACAGAUGACUGGGAUCGAAGACUCUGCAAGACCUAUCUCCAGGAGUUUAUGAAUCCCAAAAUGUUUGAAGGUGAGCUCUCCUUGUGUCCCGGGUUCCUGGCGCCUGCGUUCAUGGACCUUACUGGAUACCACCGAUACAUUGACGAACAUCUUCCAUCUGAGAACCCAUCUCUGUACGGCCUCCAUCCUAACUCUGAGCUGGAGUGUCUGACGGUGACCUCAGACGACCUCUUGAGGACCUUGCUGGACCUGCAUUCUGAGGACUCGACAAGAGGAGAGAGUGAAGCUCAGAGCUCGGAGGAAAGGAUCAACUCUGUCAUUGAGGAGAUUCUGGAGAAGCUUCCUGAGGAGUACAACAUGGUGGACUUAACGGCCAAAAUCACGGAGCAAAACCCUUACGUGACAGUUUGUCUGCAAGAGUGUGAACGCAUGAAUGUACUGCUUUCAGAGAUAAGGAAUUCUCUGAAUGAACUGGAGCUUGGCCUGAAGGGGGAACUGACCAUAUCUGCCAGUAUGGAGGCUCUACAGUCGUCCUUGUCUACUGACUGUGUUCCUGACUCCUGGUCCAGACUCUCCUACCCAUCAAUGAAAUCGCUCACUAACUGGUUCAGUGAUAUCAGAUCCAGCUGUCACGAGCUGGACGGCUGGACUCAGGAUUUUGUCUUGCCCGCAGUGGUGUGGCUUCCAGGACUCUUCAACCCUCAGUCUUUUCUCACUGCUGUGAUGCAGACCAUUGCUCGGAAGAAUCAGUGGCCCCUGGAUAAGGUGACUCUGACUGUGGAUGUGACGAAGAAAAUCAAAGAGGAUUUCGGUCACCCCCCACGGGAGGGGGCCUACAUCCAUGGCCUCUUCAUGGAAGGAGCGCGCUGGGACACUCAGGCCGGGGUCAUCACUGAGGCAGUGUUGAGGGAUCUGACCCCAUCCAUGCCAGUGAUUUAUGUGAGCGCAGUGCCAGCCGAGGAGCAGGACCUCCGAAACACCUACAAGUGUCCGGUGUACCGGACGAAACAGAGAGGAGCCACUUAUGUUUGGACUUUCCACCUGAAGAACAAACAGCCACCUGCAAGGUGGAUUCUUGCUGGUGUGGCGCUGCUGCUGUCUGUGUGACAGAUCAUACUCACCCUAAAGAGACGUGCAGGGAAACAAGACACUGUAGCGAGAUGUUGAAUCAAACUAGCUGCUAUCUGAUGCUGCCUUCUGCUACAUCUGUCAAGGUUUCCCUUUGUUUCUCCACGAGGGAGCUCUGUGGGAGGAGAAGCUGUAAAUAACAAGGUGGUAAAUUCAUUUAGUUUCUCUGUAUCACUGGAACUUUUAUUCCAACCUGCAGCUGCACUUUGAAAUGCUAAACUAAACAGUGUUGAAACUACACAUAAUAAAAA